GCGCUAGAGAAAGCCCCACGCAGAGGGCACCACACCAGUGCCCAGAUGACCUGGGCCUGUGGCCAAGGAACUGAGAGAGCCGUAGAGUGACAGAGCUGAGGAGCAGUGCGAGGGUCUGGGAGCAGGACUGCCUCCACAGGGAAUAUGGAGCUGAGAUUCCCUGGCAGGAAGGCAGGGCUUUCCUAUGGGCUCCUUCUCCUGCUCUGGGCUUCCCUUCCUCAGGAGGUACCUGGUAAAGAAGUGAAUCUUCUCGACACAAGCACUGCUCAGAGUGAGCUAGGCUGGUUGCCAGAUCCUCCAGAUACUGGGUGGGGUGAGGUGCAGCAGAUGCUCAACGGCACCCCCGUGUACAUGUACCAGGACUGCAGCGUCCUCUCGGAGGGAGAUACUGACCACUGGCUACGCACUAACUGGAUCUUCCGAGGCGAGGCCUCAGCCCACAUCUUUGUGGAGCUGAAAUUCACCAUUCGGGACUGCAAGAGUUUCAGAGGCGAGGUGGUGAGCUGCAAGGAGACAUUCAACCUCUACUACAUGGAAUCAGAACAGGAUGUUGGCAUCCAAUUCCGCCGCCCGCUUUUCACGAAGGUCAACACCGUGGCAGGUGACCGUAGUUUCACCAGCCGGGACAUUGAGUUGGGUGCCCUGCAGUUGAACAUGGAGGUGUGUCCUAUCAGGAAACUGCGGCAACGUGGCUUCUAUCUGGCCUUCCAGAACUCCGGCGCUUGUGUGGCACUGGUUUCUGUGAGAGUUUACUACAAGACCUGCUCCAGCACUGUGCAUGGACUGGCUGACUUCCCAGAGACACUCGCCACUUCUGAGGGACUAGCGGAAGUGCCUGGCACCUGUCUAAAGGAUGCCGUUCAGGAAGCGGGCCUUCCACCCAGGAUGCACUGCAGUUCCGACGGGGAGUGGCUGGUACCGGUGGGCCGGUGCAUAUGCAUCACUGGCUUUGAAGAAGCCGAAGGAAGAUGUGUAGCCUGCCGGCCGGGGUUCUAUCGUCACUCGCUGGAGAUGGAGCGGUGCCUCAAAUGCCCCCCAAACAGCUCCUCCAGUUCUCCUGCAGCCACAGCCUGUCCCUGCCUCAAAGACUUCUUUCGGACAUCCACUGAGGACCAAACCGUUGCCUGCACCCGCCCUCCUUCGGCUCCUCGCAAUGUCAGCGUCUCCCUGGUGGGGACUCAGGUCUCCCUUUCGUGGCUGCUCCCCCUUGAGCAGGGUGGGCGCAAGGAUCUCUCCUACAAUGUCUCCUGCCAACGCUGCCAUUUCCUGGUCUGCGAACCCUGCGGGAGUAGCGUGGCUUUUUCCCCCAGCGCGUUAGGCCUCACCAGGCCAAGUGUGGUUGUAGAUGGCCUGAAGCCUUUCACCAAUUACAGCUUCGUUGUACGGGCUCAUAAUGGUGUGUCAUCAGAGCUGAGCCCCGCCUUGCAGAGUAGCACCAGUUCUCCCGUCUGGGUGUCUGUGGGCCAAGCAGACCCUAUCAUGGUGACCGAUCUUAUCCUGGAUAGGCGGAAUGAAAGCAGCCUCUCUGUGACGUGGCUACCGACACGGCAUCGCAGUCAGAGCUCAGUGAAGUACGAGGUUAUGUACUUUGAGAAGGGAGAAGAGAAACACUACACUGUGCAACACCUUCAAGAACCGCGAGUGACCCUGGAAAACCUGCAGCCUGACACAGCCUACCUGUUGCGCGUGCGCUCUGUCUCCGACUUGGGACAAGGACAAUUUUCCCAGGAGCAGGAAUUCCGCACUCUUCCUCAAGACACUGGAGUGCCAUCCGGAGGAGAGAUUGUUUCAAUUAUCUUCGGAAUCCUGCUGUUUAUUGGUCUGGUCACGGGACUCAUCGUUUUCUGGCGAAGCCGAGCUCGUCAUCGCCGAGCACAACCGUGCCACAAAGUGUCCGGCUACAACCCAGAUGAGAUCUGGUUGAAACCUUAUGUAGAUCUCCAACCCUACGAGGAUCCCAGCAGGGGAGUCUUAGAAUUCACAAAGGAGCUGGACCCCUCUAUCGUCACCAUUGAGACUGUUAUUGGUGAAGGAGAGUUUGGGGAGGUCUAUCGCGGGACUCUGCGCUUCCCAGGGAAGGAGCGCAUUGUUGUGGCCGUCAAAACCUUGAAGUCAACGUACUCAGACUCAACGUGGUGGAACUUCCUGCGUGAGGCAACCAUCAUGGGCCAGUUCAACCACCACAACAUUGUCCGUUUGGAGGGAGUCGUCACAAAACGAAACCCAAUGAUGAUCAUCACAGAAUAUAUGGAAAAUGGAGCCAUGGACACCUUCUUACGGGAGAACAUGGACAAGUUCAGUUCAGUGCAAUUGGUGACCAUGCUGCAGGGCAUUGCCUCGGGGAUGACCUACCUGUCAGACCGCAACUACGUACACCGAGAUUUGGCCGCCCGCAACAUUCUAGUAUCUCAUAACCUUCAGUGCAAAGUGUCCGAUUUUGGUCUUUCUCGGAUUUUGGAAAACGAUGUGGAAGGAACUUAUGAAACAAAGGGUGGCAAGAUCCCCAUCCGAUGGACCGCUCCUGAAGCCAUUGCCCACCGAAUCUUUACCUCCGCCAGUGAUGUCUGGAGUUUUGGCAUUGUCACGUGGGAAGUGUUGUCAUAUGGUGACAAGCCGUAUGGGGAUAUGACCAAUCAGGAGGUGAUGAAGAGCAUAGAGGAUGGGUACCGGCUCCCCCCACCUGUGGACUGCCCAUCCAUCCUUUACGAGCUUAUGAAAGUGUGUUGGUCCUAUGAUCGGACACGGAGGCCCCGUUUCCGGGAAAUCUGUGCUCAGCUAGAACACUUUAUCUCCAGCCCACAUCUGCUCCGAACUGUGGCCGACUUUGACCCCAGGGUGACACUCCGCCUCCCGAGCUGCAGUGGGUCUGAUGGGAUUCCUUAUCGGUCUAUCCCGGAGUGGCUGGAAUCCAUCCGCAUGAAACGCUACAUCAUCAACUUCCGCACUGCUGGCCUGAACACAAUGGAGUCUGUCCUGGAGCUGACUGCUGAGGACUUGAAGCAAAUGGGUGUAACUCUUGCUGGCCACCAGAAGCGGAUUCUGUGCAGCAUCCUGGGAUUCAAGGAGUGAUGGUCUCACACCACCAAGCGGUCUACCGGGCUCAACCCUGCUGAGAAGACAUGGCCCUGUGCCCCGAGGCACGAGAGGAGAGGGAAAAGGGGACUGACUGAACUGACCCUGUGGUUGUCCACCUGGCUGCAAGCGACAGUCUGGGCCUCCCAAAUCUAGUGCCGAAGGCUACAGCCAGCCUGGGCAACAAUGAUUUGAACUACCCAGAGCAGGAAGCAACACUCCAAGAGGCUCCCUGCACACAUGAAGCCAGAUUCGUGGCAAACGAUUCGGAAAGCCGGCUCCUGGCGCUUCCAUUUUCUGCCUCUCCAAGGCUCUCUGCCUUCCCUCCGCUCCCGUUCCAUUCCCGCGUUUUCACUCUAGCAGCAGCUGCCGUUCUCUGCCUGUCUCAUUUCAUAGCUACCAAGGAAGCAACCUUGCUUAUGACUUUCAGCAGAGAUUGAAGCUAUUCGUCUAAAGCGGUAUCUAGCCAUAAGGGUCCCUCUUCUAAUGCAAAGUCCUGGGCCUGGAAACGUAUGAGGAGGCCUCCCACCGUUGGUGGUGCAGUUCAUAGGGGCCAAGAACUUUGACUUUCCCUUCUGGCUCAGUAGCCCAUACCUGCCUUUUAUCAUGCAGCAGGUUAGAACACAUCAAUAAUGCUCACGGCCCCAAUUCUUUCGUCUGUACAUUUUCUCUCCUGGAGUCUGGUGCCAAGAACGGAAACGGCUUGUUUACAGCAGGGCAUCUUCACUUGCUCCUGAGAGCUUUGCUUCCUCAAGUUGAGGACUCUGCCUAUAUAUUUAAACUAUCAGGAACGGGUGUGUGUGGGGGAUCCCAGGCCUGGAAUCAUAAAUGUGUUAUAUGUAUGAUUUUGUAAAUAAACUCAUGGCACAGAUAGA